AUGGCAAAUAAAUUUGGUUUGGGUUCUUUACCUUUAGAUACUAAAAAACCUAACACAACAGCAUGGAUAAAUAAAGCAAAACCUUAUUUUGUUGAUCAAAUUGGAGGCACUCUUCAAGGUGAUUUAGAUAUGAACAAUUUCAAAAUAACUAAUUUAAAGUCUCCGGAAAACGAUAAUGAUUCUGUUCACAAGAAAUAUUUACUGGUUCAAAUAAAUUCAAUUGAAGUAAAUAAAAACCAUUUAGAAGAUAAAAUAAGUAAUGUUAAAAGAUUCUUCAAACGUCAACUAAAUAAUAAAAAUGUUAUUAAUGAUACUAAACUACAGCAAGAGUCUUGUAGUGCCAAGUUCACCAGGGUAAUUUGCACGCUUUGGGUUGACGGUUCCACAAAGGUAUGUAUCAUGAUCAAUGAGGAAAGUAGCCAAAGCUGGAGAUGUGCCCAAGGCCAAGAUAUGGUUGCAUCAGGUUCAGAGGAAUUCGCUCAGUUACCAGCAUUUGUGGCUCUGGAUCAUGAUGAUCCCUGA